GAGAUGGGGUGAGGGUGGGACGCUAGCCAGGAGAGGGGUGCCUGGUGGGCCAGGAAUGGAGUCCCUGGGCACAGCGCUUGUCCUCCUGGUGCAGUUCUGGGGAGCCACAGGCCUGAGAGUGCAGCAGGAGCCCAAGUGGCUGCGGGCGACUUCGGGCAGCCGGGUGACCUUGGCCUGCCAAGUGAUACAGUCCCAAGUCUGGGAGCGGCUCCGUGUUGAGUGGACCAAGGACGGCGUGUCCCUGUGUGAGCCGCACAUCACCAACGGCAGCCUCAGCCUGGAGGCCUGUGGGCCCCGGGGACAACUUUCCUGGAAGCCACCUGGCAAUCUCACCCUGCGGCUGGACCACGUGAGCCUCAACGACAGUGGGGACUAUGUGUGUUCUGUCACCGAGGAGAUUCCUAACCUGAACAUGAAGCAGGGCAAUGGCACGCAGCUCCUGGUGGUGAAAGAUGGCGGGUCCCCGAACCAGACCACCGACGCAGGACUCCCGCUGGCGCCGCUGGUGGCAGGGGGCGUGGCCGUGGCCGCCAUCGCGCUGAGCGCCUGGGUGUGGGGCCGCUGUCGCAGCAGGCGCGAGGACUCAGCCUCCUAGCCCCCAGCAGCGCCUGGCCCAGAAGACUUGCCCCAGCCCCAGGUCGAAUCACC